AAGAGAUGUCAUAUUGCUAUAACAUCCAGGAAAUAUUUGCACGGAUAUUUUUAUAAAAAGAUUAUUAUUUUUACUAUAAGUUUAUCAAUUGUUUUUCUAAUUUGUAAUUCUUGCUCUGUACAUUUCCAAAAAAAUGCUGCGCAGCAGAAGUUGGUUUGGGACUAACUGGAAUCGUCCAAAAAACCGUCUGUCCUUAGAUCACCUAAAAUAUUUGUAUAGCGUUUUAGAAAGAAAUGCAAUGGUUUCUGAAAACAAUCGUGGUCUACUUGUGGAAUCUUUAAGAUGUAUAGCCGAAAUAUUAAUUUGGGGAGAUCAACAUGAUUCCUCUGUAUUUGAUUUUUUCUUAGAGAAAAAUAUGCUCUCAUAUUUUUUACACAUAAUGAGGCAAAAAAAUGGUGGGUCAAGCUUUGUUUGCGUUCAAUUAUUGCAAACCUUAAACAUACUUUUUGAAAAUAUAAGGAACGAGACAUCACUAUAUUAUUUGCUUAGUAAUAAUCAUGUAAAUUCCAUAAUUGUUCAUAAGUUUGAUUUCUCUGACGAAGACGUGAUGGGUUAUUACAUACUUUUUUUGAAAACUUUAAGCUUGAAACUAAAUAUUCAUACGAUACACUUCUUUUUCAAUGAGCACACAAAUGAUUUUCCGUUAUAUACCGAAGCUAUCAAAUUUUUUAAUCACCCCGAAUCAAUGGUCAGAAUAGCCGUAAGAACAAUCACUCUUAAUGUGUAUAGAAUACAAAAUACGAGUAUGCUCCAGUUUAUAAGAGACAAAACUGCUGCUCCUUAUUUUAGUAACUUAGUUUGGUUUAUUGGAAAACAUAUCGUAGAAUUAGAUUGUUGUGUAAAAAACAUUGGCGAUCAACAAAUGCAACGGAAACUGUCAAAUUUGGUUGCGGAGCAUUUGGAUCACUUACAUUAUCUAAACGAUAUUCUUCAUUUAGAAAUUACCGAUUUAAAUGCUGUUUUAACAGCUCACUUAUUACAUAAGUUAUUCGUCCCACUUUAUAUAUUUUCUCUGACGCCUGCGGUAGACAAGUCAAUCGCAGAAGUUACAAAAAAUUUAGCAACAAUUCUUAAAAAGGAAGUUAAUAUUGAUGCCCAAGAAGCUGAAAAUCCCAGAAUAUCUCCUGUAGUUUCAAUUUAUUUGUUAUCAUUGGUAUUUUUAGUAAUAACCCACGCCCCAUUGGUACAUUCAUUAGCUUGGCUUUUGUUAAAUGGUGAUUACGAUUUGUUUAAAGACGGAUCCUCCAAAAUUUUAAAUAUGUCAUUUAACAAAAAGGAAAAUGUCGCUUCAGGCUUCUCGCAACAACAAGAAAGUUUUGAAAGAGAAUUUGAAACAGCUAUUUUCCCGUGUAACUUUGAAAACCCCAGCCGUAUAAAUAAAUCAGAAUACUCUUUUGAUAUUCAAAAGAUUAAUAUUACAGAUGAAGAAAAGCAAAAAAUUAAAACUACGUCAAGUGAUAUACAUGUGGACAAGCAACGCCCUUACUUGGAUUUAGUUUUAUCUUCUUUAAAUUGUACAGAAAACGAUUAUUUAGCUCUCAUGAGCUUGUGCUUACUUUACGCUUUGGCUUAUAAUAAAGGUGGCAGUGUUGAUUUAUUGGAAGAUGCUUUGAGUAAAAACGAACAAAACAAUUCAACUAAUUAUAAAACGACAUUGAUUGAUAAGCUUCUCCAUAUCAUUAUCCUUUCUAGCAAACAAUCAAAUCGUGUUCGUUUAAUAACUCUAGAAAUUUCAUUGAAUUUACUUCUUUAUUUAACUAAACCAUUUACAAAAGAUCAUUGCAUAAAUAAUAAUCAGCAAUCAUCUUUAAUAUCGGCCAAAAAUCAAUCCAUGAAAAUACUUUACAAUUUUUAUAAAUCCGAGGAUAUAUUUUUAGAUCUUUUUGAGAACGAAUAUAAUGAUAUUAAAAAGUCAACAUUAAAUGUUGAAUUCCUUUGCAUGGAUCCAAGCAUAUUAAUGCAACCAACCGAAGCACCAAUGGCUGGGGUGCCGCUCUCACGACGUUUACCUGUUGAUGAAGUAGAAAAAGCAAGGAAAGCAAUUAGAAUAUUCUUCCUCUUGAGAAAAACAUGUCAAAAGUAUUUAAAUGAAACAGAAAACUCACUUCCCUUAACAAAUUUUUCGAAUUGCGUUGAAAUUAACAACGUUUUAGAUUUAAAUAAUAAAGAUUUGAUUAGUUGUACAGUUGUAAAUAAAAAUCUUACUAAACAAAGAAGAUUUCUUGUCAUAGACAAUCUUCAAUUUAUAUUGGUGGAACCUGAUGCAAAAAGAUUAGGUUGGGGAGUAGCUAAAUUUGUCGGUUUUUUACAAGAUAUUGAAGUUUCAAAUGAUAAGGAAGAUUCGCGGUGUUUACAUAUAACUGUCCAAAGCAAAGGAGCCACACACAGUCAAUCCCCAAUAUUAGACGUAAAAUUUGUAUUUGACGACCAUAUAAGAUGUAUGGCAUCAAAACAACGUUUAAUUAAGGGUCGUAGCAAAGCACGACAAAAAAAAAUGUAUCAAAUAGCCCAGUUAUUAGAAAUACCUAUUCAUGGAGUCGAUUCUUUGGCUUACAAUACAUCUGAAAAAGUUUUAGCUAGGGGACACACGCAACUUUUCUCCAUUUCAAGUGGCCCUGGUUUUGCAGCAGCUUUAGGAAGAAACUGUAAAACUCUUAAUAGGGGCGUGAGUCGAGUGCAAAUUGUAGCCAAUGGAAAUCUCGAAAGAUCUGAAGAAAUACCUUUAGAAGAUUUUCAAAAAUCGCGAAGCUCAGGAUCAUCUCAAUUUAUGUCCUCAAAUGGUCAAUCAUCCCGACUACAAUCUCAAAUUACUAAAUCUGUACAAGAAGCAAAGGAGAUAACAAAUUCUGACCAGGAUAUUAAACCCAACACGGAAAUACUUUUUCCUUCUGACGAAACAUCUUUUAUUGGUGAGGAACGUAACGAGUCAAAGAGAGGUGCUAUUCAAGAUGUAUAAUUCAGGUGUAUAAAAAAUAUGUUGGCACCUUUUGACAUUGAGUCAUAUUGUAUAAAUCUAUUAAGUUUAAAACAAUAAAUUUGAUUAUU